AUGACUGCACGCACACAUCAAUGCUAUGCUACAUUUUUUGCAGCUACGGGCCAAGUCUACACUGAUCAAACCGGAAAAUUUGUCUCACCAUCAUCAACUGGCAACAACUACAUUAUGAUCCUCUACGACUAUGACAGCAACCACAUUUUUGCCGAGCCAUUCCCCAACCGUCAAGCCGCCACCAUCCUCAAAGCCUAUCAGCGCCUCCAUCAACGACUAUGCCUAGCAGGGCUCAAACCACAACUGCAACGACUUGACAAUGAAUGUUCCACCAUACUCAAGAAUUUUCUCCACGCAUCUGAAAUCGACUUCCAAUUAGUUCCUCCUGGAAUGCACCGUCGCAACUCAGCCGAACGAGCCAUCCGCACCUUCCAAAACCACUUCAUUGCCGGCCUGUGUAGCACUGAUAAAGAUUUCCCCAUCCACCUGUGGGACCAGAUCCUUCCACAAGCUGAAAUCACAUUGAAUUUGAUGGCGCCUCUCGACUAA